AUGGCUGACGCAGAAGCGGAACGUGCUUCGAAGCUCCUCGAAGCUCAGGUGAAGGCUUAUGAGUUCUUCGAUGAAAUUGACAAGAUUGUACGCCCCGGAGUUAGCGAAAAGACUCUCAGCGAGGAAAUCUAUCAGAUCGGGUUGGAUCGCUUUGGCAUCAAGACGCACUGGCACAAGCGCGAGGACGAUAUCCUCAUCGUGGAUUUGGGCCCGGUGCUGGAGAAAUACGAAGCCGACAUUGGCCGAACCUACGUGAUCGGAAAUGACCCGCACAAGAUCAAACUCCGCGAUUCUCUGCAGCCCAUUUGGGACACCGUCAAGGCGAAGUUCGAUGAGAAGCCCGAUAUGACGGGCCACGAGCUAUACACCAUUGCCAGGGCGGAGGCAAAGGAACGGGGGUAUGACUUUGGGGCCGACAUCGCUGGUCAUAUAGUCGGCAGUUUCCCCCACGAAAGAAUCCCGCAAGAUCGAAUUCAGCUGUACAUUACCGAGGGAAACCAUGGCGCAAUGGUCCAGCCCGGCAAAGAUGGCCUGAAGAGACAUUGGAUUCUCGAAAUCCAUCUCAGAGACACCGAGCGGGGCUACCAGGGCUUUGUAGAGCAACUCUUAACCGUCCCCGUUGCGUGA